AUGGGCUUCACCAAUGCUGAGUUCAACGGCUGCAAUGGCAAAAGCGGCGGAGUUCCGCGGCUAGGCUUCCCUGGAUACUGCUUGAACAACGCCGAGAACGGCGUUGGCGGUGCUGAAGGCGUCAAUGCCUACCCAGCAGCACUGCACGUAGGAGCUUCAUGGAAUCGUGAGCUGGCAUAUGCACGGGGUAUGCAUAUGGGUCGCGAGUUCAGACGCAAGGGUGUCAAUAUGGCACUGGGCCCAAGUAUAGGGCCGUUAGGACGGAGUCCAAAGGGUGGAAGAUGCAGGAAUUGGGAAGCACCUAGCAAUGAUCCAUAUUUGACUGGUAUGCUCAUUCACGACACUACAGCUGGCAUGCAGAAGUAUGUCAUUGCCAAUAUCAAGCACAUCGUCGGUAACGAGCAGGAGGCUUCUCGCAAAUAUCCGCGGUUCCUGCCUGCACCAAAUCACAACGCGUCGAUAUCUUCGAACAUCGACGACAAGACGAUGCAUGAGCUAUACCUUUGGCCGUUCAUGGAUGCAUUACGUGCUGGCGGCGCGAGCGUAAUGUGCAGCUACAAUAGAGUCAACAACAGUGACGCAUGCCAGAACAGCAAGGUCCUGAACGGACUGCUUAAGCAAGAGCUAGGGUUCCAGGGCUUUGUCGUCAGCGAUUGGUUCAUGCAGCAAAGUGGUGUUGCUAGCGCUCUGGCUGGGCUUGACAUGGUGAUGCCAAUCGCACCAUACUGGGCUGACGGCAACCUCACUCAGAUGGUGAACAAUGGCUCGGUAUCGAUGACCAGACUCAAUGAUAUGGUUACGCGUAUCCUUGCACCAUGGUACAAGAUUGGUAGCCAAAGUGAAGAAGAUGGACGUCCCCCAGGGCACGGUAUUCCUGCCAGCCUGGUGCAGCCGCAUGAGUUUGUAGACGCGCGGUCGCCCGACUCGAAGCCUGUCAUUCUCCAAAGUGCGAUCGAAGGGCAUGUUUUGGUCAAGAAUGUGAACAAAGCACUACCUCUGAGGAAACCAAAAUUCAUUUCUAUCUUUGGCUACGAUGCGGCAGGGCAGUUUAUGAAUACAGCUGAGGCCGCUGGCUUCAACUUAUGGAAGAUGGGAAUGCGUAACGCACUCCAGUUUCAGAACGGAACUACCUUCACAGCUGCAGCACUUGACUUACUCUUUGGAUCGAGCUUGGAGCAAACUACAACCGGACCAGAGAUUGCACUGAACGGCACACUCUUCACAGGAGGUGGAUCUGGUGCAGUUGUAGGUUCCAUCGACGCGCCUCUCGAUGCCUUCAAACGACAGGCAUAUGACGACGGCACUUAUCUCGCCUGGGACAUCCAAACACCGAACCCGACUGUAAACGCUGGAUCAGAAGCUUGCCUAGUCUUCAUCAACGCUCUUGGCUCCGAGUCUUGGGACCGCCGCAACCUCUCUGACGCAUACUCCGACGGCAUCAUCACAAGUGUGGCAUCGCAAUGCAACAACACAAUGGUUGUUAUACACAGCGUUGGCGUCCGUCUUGUCGACGAGUGGUUCGAUCACCCCAACAUCACCGCCGUGAUUCUCGGCCACCUCCCAGGCCAAGACUCUGGCCGCGCCCUUGUUGAGCUGAUGUACGGCCGCCAGUCAUUCUCUGGCCGCUUGCCGUACACUGUCGCGAAACAGGAAGCAGACUAUGGCCAUGUGCUCGAUCCGGUGCAACCCAGUGACAAGACGCCGUACUAUCCUCAGGUCAACUUCACGGAGGGCGUAUAUAUUGAUUACAAGCACUUCAUAAAAGAAGGCAUCGAGCCUCGUUUCGCAUUCGGAUACGGCCUCACUUACACCGACUUUGAAUACUCGAAUCUCCAAAUCGACGUCGACGCCAAUGCCACCUCAUUACGGCUCCCUCCCAAUCCCGAACAUAUAUUACAAGGCGGCAUCGAUAGUCUCUGGGACGAAGUCGCGCGUGUACGCUGCACCAUCGAGAACAUUGGCGACGUUGCGGCCAAGGAAGUCGCUCAGCUGUAUAUUGGUAUUCCAGGCGGGCCGGAGAAGGUGCUGCGUGGUUUUGAGAAGCAGCUGCUCGUGCCGGGUGAGCGGGGGGUGUUUGAGUUUGGGUUGACAAGGCGGGAUUUGAGUACGUGGAAUGUGAUGGAACAGAGUUGGGAACUGCAGAGGGGCGAUUAUGGCGUGUUUGUUGGGAAGAGUGUAUUGGAUGUGCCGCUGACGGGAAGGUUCGAGAUUGGGGACGUUACGCAGUGCUAUCUGGCUUCGAAUCGAACCCUGGGCGAAGAUGCCUUUGCCUCGCAGGGUACGACCCAGAACUUUCAAGGUCAACAAGGCUAUCUGGGCGGCGCCAUAUCCAUUGUUGCUUGGUGCAGGGGUGUUGGGCGUGCCCUUCUCCCAGCAAGACAGGCGCGAAGGCGUCAGCGAAAAGCAUAUAGGCACAGCGUCCCCACGACCCAGUUUCACCUGUUUCCCUCGAAUUUUGCCUACCGUACGCGUACUACAGCCAACAAACUCGCUUACGACUACCAACUUUGUCCUCCUGCCUCUUCGCCUUCCGACCAAUCCCACUUCGACAUUCUCAGCCUCGUCCCUCACGCCCUUCUCGCCAAGCACCACCAACCAAUCAUGUCCGACUACGUCAACGAAUUCGACCUGACCGACUUUAUGGACACGCCGCCUACCUCGCCAGGAUUUGAGCAGCCAACCACGUCCGAAUGUCUGGAUCAAAUCGACUGGGAGAACCCGAACUACAAGGACCUGGCUAGUGUUGAUUGGAACGCCCUGCAUGAGGAGAUCAUAGGUGUUGUUCUAGGCGAGCCGGCUGAUGAGCAGCUACAGCCUGAUGACCGGUGA